UAAUAUUUGUUUUAUAGUUUUACUUCAGCUGUUCAGCUUAGCGUUCAUAUUUUAUUUCCCGUACGUGUGCGAUGUGCACACGUUCUCAAAACGGAGCAUAUAUAUCUACGUGUCAAAUAUGUAGGAAGCUUCAAUCUUUGAUUUAAUUGAGUUGUAUAUGUUGUAAUGAAUACGAUGAUAAAUACCAGUGUUAAAGAUAAAUAUCGAAUACACAUAUUUAAAUAUGGAUUUUCUGUGUGCACAGUGAACAUUUCUUAUAGGUUAGCGGUGAAUGUAUGAUUAAGUAAUUUAAAAAGAUUUAUUUGUGUGUAUAAAUAUUUUAAUAUUAUUAAAAUGCUGAGACGACGACACGUCAAUGUUAAGACAGUCAAAGAACUGGACGCAUUUCCCAAAGUUCCUGAGUUAUAUGUCGACAAAACUGCAGUGGGAGGAACAUUUUCUAUCUUUACAAUAUUUAUCAUUGCAUAUUUAAUAAUAGCAGAAACAAGCUACUAUCUUGAUAGCAGAUUGCAAUUCAAAUUUGAGCCAGAUACUGAAUUUGAUGCAAAGCUACAAAUUAAUAUUGACAUAACAGUGGCUAUGCCAUGUGGUCGUAUUGGUGCGGAUGUUUUAGAUUCUACAAAUCAGAAUAUGUUAAGCUAUGAUUCUUUGGAGGAGGAGGAUACAUGGUGGGAAUUAACGCCGGAGCAAAGAUCACAUUUUGAAGCUUUAAAGCACAUGAAUUCGUAUUUGAGAGAAGAGUAUCAUGCUAUUCAUGAACUCCUUUGGAAAUCAAAUCAGAUUACCCUUUAUAGCGAAAUGCCAGCACGGUCCUAUAAACCAGAUUAUGCACCAAAUGCUUGUCGUGUUCAUGGCAGCGUGAAUGUGAAUAAGGUCGCGGGAAAUUUUCAUAUAACUGCUGGAAAAUCAUUAUCUUUGCCACGUGGUCAUAUACAUAUCUCUGCAUUUAUGACAGAUCAAGAUUACAACUUUACUCAUAGAAUUAAUAAAUUUUCUUUCGGUGGACCUAGUCCAGGUAUUGUGCAUCCUCUUGAAGGCGAUGAGAAAGUUGCAGAUAAUAAUAUGAUGCUAUAUCAAUAUUUUGUUGAAGUUGUCCCUACCGAUAUUAGAACAUUAUUAAGUACAUCAAAGACAUACCAAUACAGUGUUAAAGAUCAUCAAAGACCAAUUGAUCACCACAAAGGAUCUCAUGGAAUACCAGGAAUUUUUUUCAAAUAUGAUAUGAGCGCACUUAAGAUAAAAGUAACGCAGGAACGUGAUACAAUUUUUCAAUUUUUAGUAAAAUUAUGCGCUACUGUGGGCGGUAUUUUUGUUACAAGUGGAUUAGUUAAAAAUAUUGUACAAAGCUUUUGGUACAUUGUAUAUUGCAAAUUCUUAAAUUCUGAAAAGAAAGCAGACCACGGAUCAUCGGUUCCAUUACAUUCCAUGGAUUAUCGGACUCCUAAUACCAUAAAUUUAUUUGAUGUCGCAGCUCCUCAAAAUAUUGAUAUCAUGUUGAAGCCUCAAUAAAAAUUCGUGAGUCGAUAUUUUCAAUUUGAGUGUAAAAGAUAUGAGAUAAUUAUGAUAUAUUUAGACACAUCCUAGGAUAUAAGUGUGUAUGUAUGUGACAGGAUAUAAGUGUGUAUGUGCGUUUCCUAUUACGAAAGUGUGAUUAAAUUUUUUAAAUAUUUAAUAUGGACCACUACAAUUUUAAUGAUUUAUUAAUGUUUGUAAAAAGAAAUCAUAAAGGAGAGUUCAUAUGUAA